GUUCACAGCUCUUAAAAGGUGUGGGAUGAGUGGGAUCCUGUCAGUGCUGGAGGGGAGCUCACGCCUGUGGCUGCCGGUGCUGGUGGCCAUGCGAGCCCACGUGCCCGGGGCGGGUGGCACGGCCCUCCGGGCAGCAGACAACAGCUCACAGCCCAGACUAGAGUGCAGCAACCCUGGAGCUGCCUCUCAGGCUUUCGGCUGCAGCAUCUUCCCCUCCAGCACGGCCACAGCGGCCCAGCAAUGGGAGGAGAGGGAGGACAUCACCUGCCCACUGCUCUUCAUCCAGCUCAACCAGCUCCUCAGCACCCCGGCGGGGCUGCAGUGGAGGGAGAUGACCAGGUGGAUAAAGUUCGAGGAGAAGGUGGAGGAUGGUGGAGAGCGCUGGAGUGCACCCCACAUCCCAGCCCUGCCCCUGUACAGCCUGUUCCAGCUGAGGACGUGCCUGCACAAGGGGACGGUGCUCCUGGAUCUGGAUGCCACCAGUUUCAAGGAAAUAAUCGACAAAGCCCUUUCCGGGCAGCCUGAGGAAGCAGAGCUGCAGCCUGCACUGAGGGAGCGCCUGGCAGCCCUGCUGCUCCUCCAGCCACAGCACCAGCCCACAAAAUCCCUGCUGCAGCUCCUUGCCGAGCUUGGUCUGUCUCCCUGCCGAGGGAAAACAAAAGGCAGGCCUGAGCCCAGAACGCAGCUCUCCAAAACGCCUCUCAAGGAGCAGCUGAGAAACAGAUUUAAGAGGAAGCUCCCGCCGGGGGCCGAGGCAGCCCACGUUGCUGUCGGGGAAGUUGAAUUCCUGGAAAAGCCCUUUGCAGCCUUCAUUCGCCUCAGGCAUGGGGUGUCCCUUGGUUCACUGGCUGAGGUUUCUCUUCCAAGCAGGUUCCUCUUCAUCCUGCUGGGCCCCCCCAGAGUCAAAGCCUACCAUGAGAUUGGCAGGGCCAUGGGCACACUGCUGACGGAUGAGCUCUUCCAAAGGGUUGCCCGGCAGGCUGAGCACCGAGAGGACCUCAUCAGAGGGAUGGAGGCAUUCCUGGAUGAGCUGAUUGUGCUUCCCCCUGGGAAAUGGGACCCCAGUACCCGAAUUCCUCCACCGAGCCAUCUGCCAUCUCCACGCAGGAGGACUGCUGUGGACCCACUGGAGCAGCAGCCACAUGGUAAUGGGGACACGACAGCAGCUGGGGACAGAGCCAGCCCAGGGCACCCACACUCUGGGGAGGAGCUGGAGAGGACAGGCAGGCUUUUUGGGGGGCUCCUGCGAGACAUCCGGAGGAAGGCACCGUGGUACGGCAGCGACUUCUCCGAUGCCCUGCACCCUCAGUGCCUCUCAGCAGUGCUCUACAUCUACCUGGCAACUGUCACCAAUGCCAUCACCUUCGGGGGCAUGCUGGGGGAUGCAACUGCCAACAUGCAGGGGGUGCUGGAGAGCUUCCUGGGCACAGCCUUUGCUGGCUUCAUCUUCUGCCUCUUCUCGGGCCAACCCCUGACCAUCCUGAGCAGCACCGGCCCCGUGCUUGUCUUCGAGCGCCUCCUCUUCUCCUUCAGCCAGGAUCACAGCCUGGACUACCUGGAGUUCCGCCUCUGGAUCGGGCUCUGGGUGGCCUUUUUUGGCCUGGUGCUGGUGGCCACCGAGGCUAGUCACCUGGUGCAGCACUUCAGCCGCUUCACCGAGGAAGGCUUCUGCGCACUCAUCAGCCUGAUAUUCAUCUACGACUCCCUGAAGAAGAUGCUGAGCCUGGCAGAUGCCUUCCCCAUCAACUGGCAGUACCGGCUGGACAACGUCACCUCCUACAGCUGCACCUGCAACUUGUCCAGCCCCGGUCACAGCUCUGCAGGGAAUGACACGUCACUGCUGUCACCCCUGGCCACCCAGCAGCCUCCUGCCCCAGGGCUGAGCAGGACCCAGUGCCUGGAUCGAGGUGGGCACCUCCUGGGGACCAGCUGCCAGUACGUGCCCGAUGUCACCCUCAUCUCCUUCCUGCUCUUCGGGGGCACCUUCCUCUUCUGCAUUGCACUCAAACGCUUCAGGAGCAGCCGCUACUUCCCUGUGGGGGUGCGGAAGCUGCUGAGCGACUUCGCUGUCAUCCUGGCCAUCCUCGCCUCCUGCACUGUCGAUGCUGUCCUGGGCCUGGAGACCCCCAAGCUCCUCGUCCCCAGCGAGCUGAAGCCCACAAACCCAGCACGGGGCUGGAUCGUUUUUCCCUUCGGAGCCAACCCAUGGUGGGUGUGCCUGGUGUCCGCAGUGCCUGCUGUCCUUGUCACCAUCCUCAUUUUCAUGGACCAGCAGAUCACAGCUGUCAUUCUUAACCGCAGGGAGUACAAGCUGCAGAAAGGAGCAGGCUUCCACCUGGACCUCCUCUGCGUCUCUCUCCUGAUGGUUGUCACGUCUGUCACCGGUCUCCCCUGGUAUGUCUCAGCCACUGUCAUCUCCCUGGCACACAUGGAGAGCCUGAGGAAGGAGAGUGCAACCUCAGCCCCUGGCGAGCACCCCGAGUUCCUGGGCAUCAGGGAGCAGAGGCUGACAGGCCUGGCUGUCUUCAUCCUGAUGGGAGUCUCUGUCUUCAUGGCCCCCGUGCUCAAGCACAUCCCGAUGCCGGUGCUCUAUGGGGUGUUCCUGCACAUGGGGGUGACGGCGCUGAACAGCAUCCAGCUCACGGACCGUGUGCGGCUGCUCCUGAUGCCAGCCAAGCACCAGCCAGACCUUGCCUACCUGCGCCAUGUGCCCCUGCGCCGCGUGCACCUUUUCACCAUCAUCCAGCUGCUCUGCCUGGCCCUGCUCUGGGUGCUCAAGUCCACCGUGGCCGCUAUUAUUUUCCCAGUGAUGCUGCUGGCGCUGGUGGGGAUCCGGAAGGGGCUGGAGCGCAUCUUCUCCCCGCACGACCUGAGCUGGCUGGACGGGCCCCUGCCCGGGCCGGGGGCGCCGGGGACUCAGCCCCGGGAGCGGCCGGAGCAGGGCAGCAGCGCUGAGGAGUGCGAGCCGAUGCACCGCCCGGGAGCGCAGAUCAACCUCUCCGUGAACUAGGCCGGGCGGGCCGGGGCGGGCCGGGGCUGUGCGGGGCUGUGCGGGGCCAUCGCCCCGGCCGGGGCGCGCAGGGCCCGAGACCCCCGGGGGGCCCGAGACCCCCGAACCCCCGGGCCACGUGGCCGCGCGGUGACGUCACACUGGGCGUGGCCAAUGGAGAGGAGAGCCAGGGCGCACAGCCUAUGGCGACCCUCACACGGGAGAGGGCGGGGCCAUAGGGAGGCGAGCCCUUCGUUUUGAUUGGCAGCUCCACGACCCAAUCACCGCUCGGGACAGGAGGGCGUGUGACGGUGUCUCGCGCUGACGGAGUCCUUCUGAGAGGUUCGAAGGGGAGGCGGGCCCAGGGCACGUUGGAGCCAAUCGAAAGACGCCAGCCGCCGUGCGUUGUGAGCGAUGUGUCUUUCGACCAAUCAAAACCGUGAUUCCUUGAUGCGCUUUGAUGGACAGCUCUCUUACCCCAUCAGCGCCCGC